AUGGCGGCUACCAGAGCCACGACUGAGGACGGUGGAACUAGUGCUACCGAGAAGCCCAAAGUGGGCCGUGGAAGGCCGCGUACGGCCCCUAAGCGGCCUACAAUACAGGAACCCGCAUCUAAGGCAGAUGGCGGUAGUGAUGGCGAUGGCGAUGGCGAUGGCGAGAGUGCAAAACUCGAAGAUUUAACAGCAGCCCUUUCUGAUUCUCGAGCCGAAAAUAAAUCUCUAUCGACGAAGCUCGCGGUGAGUCGGUCAGCCGAGGCAACCUUGGCCAAGGUGCCCGGCAGUGCGGUAAAAUCGCAGGGUCAGGCUCGUGGCACUGUAAACUCCGACAUCAUUCAAGCGGCGCAAAUGAAAGAGGACCUUUACAGCGACUUGACAGGAUUAAUCGUUAGGGGGUGA